AUGAUAGUUGACACUUUUAAAUGGGAUCCGCCCCAUUCUCCCGCUUUUCUUCACCCCGCCCCAUUCUUCCGCUUUUCAUCACCCCGCCCCAUUCUCCCGCUUUCCAUCACCCCGCCCCAUUCUCCCGCUUUCCAUCACCCCACCCCAUUCUCCCGCUUUCCAUCACCCCGCCCCAUUCUCCCGCUUUCUAUCACUCCGCCCCAUUCUCCCGCUUUCCAUCACCCCGCCCCAUUCACAAGCUUUCCAUCACCCCGCCCCAUUCUCAUUCUUUCCAUCACCCCGCCCCAUUCUCCCGCUUUCCAUCACCCCGCCCCAUUCUCCCGCUUUCCAUCACCCCACCCCAUUCUCCCGCUUUCCAUCACCCCGCCCCAUUCUCCUGCUUUCCAUCACCCCACCCCAUUCUUCCGCUUUCCAUCACCCAGCCCCAUUCACCCCGCCCCAUUCUCCCUCUUUCCAUCGACCCGCCCCAUUCUCCUGCUUUUCUUCACCCCGCCCCAUUCUCCCUCUUUCCAUCACCCCGCCCCAUUCUUCCGCCUUUCAUCACCCUACCCCAUUCUCCCUCUUUCCAUCACCCCGCCCCAUUCCCCCUCUUUCCAUCUGUCCGCCCCAUUCUCCCGCUUUUCUUCACCCCGCCCCAUUCUUCCGCUUUUCAUCACCCCGCCCCAUUCUCCCGCUUUCCAUCACCCCGCCCCAUUCUCCCUCUUUCCAUCACCCCGCCCCAUUCUCCCGCUUUCCAUCACCCCGCCCCAUUCUCCCGCUUUCUAUCACUCCGCCCCAUUCUCCCGCUUUCCAUCACCCCGCCACAUUCCCAAGCUUUCCAUCACCCCGCCCCAUUCUCCUGCUUUCCAUCACCCCGCCCCAUUCUCCGGCUUUCCAUCACCCCGCCCCAUUCUCCCGCUUUCCAUCACCCCGCCCCAUUCUCUUGCUUUCCAUCACCCCGCCCCAUUCUCCCACUUUCCAUCACCCCGCCCCUUUCUCCCUCUUUCCAUCACCCCGCCCCAUUCUCCCGCUUUCCAUCACCCCGCCCCAUUCUCCCGCUUUCCAUCACCCCACCCCAUUCUCCCGUUUUCCAUCACCCCGCCCCAUUCUCCCCCUUUCCAUCACCCCGCCCCAUUCUCCCUCUUUCCAUCACCCCGCCCCAUUCUCCCGCUUUCCAUCACCCUGCCCCAUUCUCCCUCUUUCCAUCACCCCGCCCCAUUCUCCCGCUUUCCAUCACCCUGCCCCAUUCUCCCUCUUUCCAUCACCCCGCCCCAUUCUCCCGCUUUCCAUCACCCUGCCCCAUUCUCCCGCUUUCCAUCACCCCACCCCAUUCUCCCGUUUUCCAUCACCCCGCCCCAUUCUCCCCCUUUCCAUCACCCCGCCCCAUUCUCCCUCUUUCCAUCACCCCGCCCCAUUCUCCCGCUUUCCAUCACCCCGCCCCAUUCUCCCUCUUUCCAUCACCCCGCUCCAUUCUCCCGCUUUCCAUCACCCCGCUUUCCAUCACGCGCCCCAUUCUCCCGCUUUCCAUCUCCCCGCCCCAUUCUCCCUCUUUCCAUCACCCCGCCCCAUUCUCCCUCUUUCCAUCACCCCGCCCCGUUCUCCCGCUUUCCAUCACCCCGCCCUAUUCUCCGUCUUUCCAUCACCCCGCCCCAGUCUCCCACUUUCAAUCACCCCGCCCCAUUCUCCCGCUUUCCAUCACCCCGCCCCAUUCUCCCCCUUUCCAUCACCCCGCCCCAUUCUCCCACUUUCCAUAACCCCACCCCAUUCUCCCGAUUUCCAUCACCCCUCCCCAUUGUCCCACUUUCCAUCACCCCGCCCAAUUCUCCCUCUUUGCAUCAGCCCGCCCCAUUCUCCCUCUUUCCAUCACCCCGCCCCAUUCUCCCGCUUUCCAUCACCCCGCCCCAUUCUCCCGCUUUCCAUCACCCCGCCCCAUUCUCCCGCUUUCCAUCACCCCGCUCCAUUCUCCCGCUUUCCAUCAGCCCGCCCAGUUCUCCCUCUUCCCAUUACCCCUCCCCAUUCUUCCUCUUUCCAUCACCCCGCCCCAUUCUCCCGCUUUCCAUCACCCCGCCCCAUUCUCCCUCUUUCCAUCACCCCGCCCCAUUCUCCCGCUUUCCAUCACCCCGCCCCAUUCUCGCGCUUUUCAUCACCCCGCCCCAUUCUCCCGCUUUCCAUCACCCUGCCCCAUUCUCCCGCUUUCCAUCACCCCAAGCCAUUCUCCCUCUUUCCAUCAUCCGCCUCAUUCUCCCGCUUUCCAUCACCCCGCCCCGUUCUCCCGCUUUCCAUCACCCCGCCCCAUUGUCCCUCUUUCCAUCACCCCACCCCAUUCUCCCUCUUUCCAUCACCCUGCCCCAUUCUCCCUUUUUCCAUCACCCCACCCCAUUCUCCCGCUUUCAAUCACCCCGCCCCAUUCUCCCGCUUUCCAUCACCCCGCUCCAUUCUCCCGCUUUUCAUCACCCCGCCCAAUUCUCCCUCUUUUCAUCACCCCUCCCCAUUCUCCCUCUUUCCAUCACCUCGCCCCAUUCUCCCGCUUUCUAUCACCCCACCCCAUUCUCCCUCUUUCCAUCACCCCGCCCCAUUCUCCCGAUUUCCACCACCCCGCCCCAUUCUCCCCCUUUCCAUCACCCCGCCCCAUUCUCCCUCUUUCCAUCAGCCCGCCCCAUUCUCCCUCUUUCCAUCACCCCGCCCCAUUCUCUCGCUUUCCAUCACCCCGCCCCAUUCUCCCGCUUUCCAUCACCCCGCCCCAUUCUCCCUUUUUCCAUCACCCUGCCCCAUUCUCCCUCGAUCCAUCACCCCGCCCAAUUCUCCCGCUUUCCAUCACCCCGCCCCAUUCCCCCUCUAUCCAUCACCCCACCCAAUUCUUCUCUUUCCAUCACCCCGCCCCAUUCUCCUGCUUUCCAUCACCCCGCCCAAUUCUCCCUCUUUUCAUCACCCCUCCCCAUUCUCCCUCUUUCCAUCACCUCACCCCAUUCUCCCGCUUUCCAUCACCCCACCCCAUUCUCCCUCUUUCCAUCACCCCGCCCCAUUCUCCCGAUUUCCAUCACCCCGCCCCAUUCUCCCGCUUUCCAUCACCCCGCCCCAUUCUCCCUCUUUCCAUUAGCCCGCCCCAUUCUCCCUCUUUCAAUCGCCCCGCCCCAUUCUCCCGCUUUCCAUCACCCCGCCCCAUUCUCCCGCUUUCCAUCACCCCGCCCCAUUCUCCCUCUAUCCAUCACCCCGCCACAUUCUCCCGCUUUCUAUUACCCCGCCCCAUUAUCCCUCUUUCCAUCACCCCGCCCCAUUCUCCCGCUUUCCAUCACCCCGCCCCAUUGUCCCUCUUUCCAUCACCCCGCCCCAUUCUCCCUCUUUCCAUCACCCCGCCCCAUUCUCCCGCCUUCCAUCUCCCCGCCUCAUUCUCCCUCUUUCCAUCACCCCGCUCCAUUCUCCCACUUUCUAUCACCCCGCCCCAUUCUUCCGCUUUCCAUCACCCCGCUCCAUUCUCCCGCUUUCCAUCACCCCGCCCCAAACUCCCGCUUUCCAUCACCCCGCCCCAUUCUCCCUCUUUCCAUCACCCCUCCCCGUUCUCCCGCUUUCCAUCACCAGGCCCCAUUCUCCUUCUUUUCAUCACCUCGCCCCAUUCUCCCACUUUCCAUCACCCCCCCGCCCCAUUCUCCCUCUUUCAAUCGCCCCGCCCCAUUCUCCCGCUUUCCAUCACCCCGCCCCAUUCUCCCGCUUUCCAUCACCCCGCCCCAUUCUCCCUCUUUCCAUCACCCUGCCCCAUUCUACCUCUAUCCAUCACCCCGCCCAAUUCUCCCGCUUUCCAUCACCCCGCCCCAUUCUCCUCUAUCCAUCACCCCACCCAAUUCUUCUCUAUCCAUCACCCCGCUCCAUUCUCUUGCUUUCCAUCACCCCGCCCAAUUCUCCCUCUUCCCAUUACCCCUCCCCAUUCUCCCUCUUUCCAUCACCCCGCCCCAUUCUCCCGCUUUCCAUCACCCCGCCCCAUUCUCCCUCUUUCCAUCACCCCGCCCCAUUCUCCCGCUUUCCAUCACCCUGCCCCAUUCUCCCUUAUUCCAUCACCCCGCUCCAUUCUCCUGCUUUACAUCACCCCGCCCCAUUCUCCUGCUUUCCAUCACCCCGCUCCAUUCUCCCGCUUUCCAUCACCCGCCCCAUUCUCCCGCUUUCCAUCUCCCCGCCCCAUUCUCCCUCUUUCCAUCACCCUGCCCCAUUCUCCCUCUUUCCAUCACCCCGCCCCGUUCUCCCACUUUCCAUCACCCCGCCCUAUUCUCCAUCUUUCCAUCACCCCGCCCCAGUCUCCCACUUUCAAUCACCCCGCCCCAUUCUCCUGCUUUCCAUCACCCCGCCCCAUUCUCCCCCUUUCCAUCACCCCGCCCCAUUCUCCCACUUUCCAUCACCCCGCCCCAUUCUCCCGAUUUCCAUCACCCCUCCCCAUUGUCCCACUUUCCAUCACCCCGCCCCAUUCUCCCUCUUUGCAUCAGCCUGCCCCAUUCUCCCUCUUUCCAUCACCCCGCCCCAUUCUCCCGCUUUCCAUCACCCCGCCCCAUUCUCUUGCUUUCCAUCACCCCGCCCCAUUCUCCCGCUUUCCAUCACCUUCCCAUUGUCCCGCUUUCCAUCACCCCGCCCAAUUCUCCCUCUUCCCAUUACCCCUCCCCAUUCUUCCUCUUUCCAUCACCCCGCCCCAUUCUCCCGCUUUCCAUCACCCCGCCCCAUUCUCCCUUUUUCCAUCACCCCGCCCCACUCUCCCGCCUCCCAUCACCCCGCCCAAUUCUCCCUCUUUCCAUCACCCCGCCCCAUUCUCCCUCUUUCCAUCACCCUGCCCCAUUCUCUCGCUUUCCAUCACCCCACCCCAUUCUCCCUCUUUCCAUCACUCUGCCCCAUUCUCCCGCUUUCCAUCACCCCGCCCCAUUCUCUCGCUUUCCAUCAUCCCGCUCCAUUGUCUCGCUUUCCAUCACCCCGCCCAAUUCUCCCUCUUUCCAUCACCCCUCCCCAUUCUCCCUUUUUCCAUCACCCCGCCCCAUUCUCCCGCUUUCCAUCACCCCGCCCCAUUCUCCCUCUUUCCAUCACCCCGCCCCACUCUCCCGCCUUCCAUCAACCCGCCCAAUUCUCCCUCUUUCCAUCACCCCGCCCCAUUCUCCCUCUUUCCAUCACCCCGCCCCAUUCUCCCGCUUUCCAUCAAACCGCCCCAUUCUCCUUCUUUCCAUCACCCCGCCCCAUUCUCCCUCUUUCCAUCACCCCGCCCCAUUCUCCCGCUUUCCAUCACCCCGCGCUAUUUUCCCUCUUUCCAUCACCCCGCCCCAUUCUCCCGCUUUCCAUCACCCCGCCCCAUUCUUUUGCUUUCCAUCACCCCACCCCAUCCUCCCUCUUUCCAUCACCCCGCCCUAUUCUCCCGAUUUCCAUCACCCCGCCCCGUUCCCCCGUUUUCCAUCACCCCGCCCCAUUCUCCCUCUUUCCAUCAUCCAGCCCCAUUCUCCCGAUUUCCAUCACCCCGCCUCAUUCUCCCAAUUUUCAUCACCCCGCCCAAUUCUCCCUCUUUUCAUCACCCCGCCCCAUUCUCCCUCUUUCCAUCACCCCGCCCCACUCUCCCGCCUUCCAUCACCCCGCCCAAUUCUCCCUCUUUCCAUCACCCCGCCCCAUUCUCCCUCUUUCCAUCACCCCGCCCCAUUCUCCCGCUUUCCAUCACCCCGCCCCAUUCUCCCUCUUUCCAUCACCCCGCCCCAUUCUCCCGCUUUCCAUCACCCCGCGCCAUUUUCCCUCUUUCCAUCACCCCGCCCCAUUCUCCCGCUUUCCAUCACCCCGCCCCAUUCUCUCGCUUUCCAUCAUCCCGCUCCAUUGUCCCGCUUUCCAUCACCCCGCCCAAUUCUCCCUCUUUCCAUCACGCCUCCCCAUUCUCCCUUUUUCCAUCACCCCGGCCCAUUCUCCCGCUUUCCAUCACCCCGCCCCAUUCUCCCUCUUUCCAUCAACCCACCCCACUCUCUCGCCUUCCAUCAACCCGCCCAAUUCUCCCUCUUUCCAUCACCCCGCCCUAUUCUCCCUCUUUCCAUCACCCCGCCCCAUUCUCCCGCUUUCCAUCACCCCGCCCCAUUCUCCUUCUUUCCAUCACCCCGCCCCAUUCUCCCUCUUUCCAUCAACCCGCCCCAUUCUCCCGAUCUCCAUCACCCCGCCUCAUUCUCCCAAUUUCCAUCACCCCGCCCCAUUCUCCCUCUUUCCAUCACCCCGCCCCAUUCUCCCUCUUUCCAUCACCCCGCCCCACUCUCCCGCCUUCCAUCAUCCCGCCCAGUUCUCUCGCUUUCCAUCACCCCGCCCCAUUCUCCCUCUUUCCAUCACCCCGCCCCAUUCUCCCGCUUUCCAUCACCCCGCCCCAUUCUCCUUCUUUCCAUCACCCCGCCCCAUUCUCCCUCUUUCCAUCAUCCCGCCCCAUUCUCCUGCUUUCCAUCAUCCCGCCCCAUUCUCCCUCUUUCCAUCACCCCGCCCCAUUCUCCCUCUUUCCAUCACCCCGCCCCAUUCUCCCGCUUUCCAUCACCCCGCCCCAUUCUACCGCUUUCCGUCACCCCACCCCAUUCUCCCUCUGUCCAUCACCCCGCCCCAUUCUCCCUCUUUCCAUCACCCCGCCCCAUUCUCCCGCUUUCCAUCACCCCGCCCCAUUCUCCCUCUUUCCAUCACCCCGCCCCAUUCUCCCUCUUUCCAUCACCCCUCCCCAUUCUCCCUUUUUCCAUCACCCCGCCCCAUUCUCCCGCUUUCCAUCACCCCGCCCCAUUCUCCCUCUUUCCAUCACCCCGUCCCAUUGUCCCGCUUUCCAUCACCCCGCCCCAUUCUCUCUCUUUCCAUCACCCCGCCCCAUUCUUCCUCUUUCCAUCACCCCGCCCCAUUCUCCCGAUUUCCAUCACCCCGCCUCAUUCUCCCAAUUUCCAUCACCCCGCCCCAUUCUCCCUCUUUCCAUCACCCCGCCCCAUUCUCCCUCUUUCCAUCACCCCGCCCCACUCUCCCGCCUUCCAUCACCCCGCCCAAUUCUCCCUCUUUCCAUCACCCCGCCCCAUUCUCCCUCUUUCCAUCACCCCGCCCCAUUCUCCCGCUUUCCAUCACCCCGCCCCAUUCUCCCUCUUUCCAUCACCCCGCCCCAUUCUCCCUCUUUCCAUCACCCCGCCUCAUUCUCCCGCUUUCCAUCACCCCGCGCCAUUUUCCCUCUUUCCAUCACCCCGCCCCAUUCUCCCUCUUUCCAUCAUCCCGCUCCAUUGUCCCGCUUUCCAUCACCCCGCCCCAUUCUCCCUCUUUCCAUCACCCCGCCCCAUUCUCCCUCUUUCCAUCACCCCGCCCCAUUCUCCCGCUUUCCAUCAUCCCGCCCCAUUUUCCCUCUUUCCAUCACCCCGCCCCAUUCUCUCGCUUUCCAUCAUCCCGCUCCAUUGUCCCGCUUUCCAUCACCCCGCCCAAUUCUCCCUCUUUCCAUCACCCCUCCCCAUUCUCCCUUUUUCCAUCACCCCGCCCCAUUCUCCCGCUUUCCAUCACCCCGCCCCAUUCUCCCUCUUUCCAUCACCCCACCCCACUCUCCCGCCUUCCAUCAACCCGCCCAAUUCUCCCUCUUUCCAUCACCCUGCCCCAUUCUCCCUCUUUCCAUCACCCCGCCCCAUUCUCCCGCUUUCCAUCACCCCGCCCCAUUCUCCUUCUUUCUAUCACCGCGCCACAUUCUCCCUCUUUCCAUCAACCCGCCCCAUUCUCCCGCUUUCCAUCACCCCGCGCCAUUUUCCCUCUUUCCAUCACCCCGCACCAUUCUCCCGCUUUCCAUCACCCCGCCCCAUUCUCUCGCUUUCCAUCAUCCCGCUCCAUUGUCCCGCUUUCCAUCACCCCGCCCAAUUCUCACUCUUUCCAUCACCCCUCCCCAUUCUCCCUUUUUCCAUCACCCCGCCCCAUUCUCCUGCUUUCCAUCACCCCGCCCCAUUCUCCCUCUUUCCAUCACCCCGCCCCAUUCUCCCUCUUUCCAUCACCCCGCCCCAUUCUCCCGCUUUCCAUCACCUCGCCCCAUUCUACCGCUUUCCGUCACCCCACCCCAUUCUCCCUCUGUCCAUCACCCCGCCCCAUUCUCCCUCUUUCCAUCACCCCGCCCCAUUCUCCCGCUUUCCAUCACCCCGCCCCAUUCUUUCGCUUUCCAUCGCCCCACCCCAUCCUCCCUCUUUCCAUCACCCCGCCCCAUUCUCCCGAUUUCCAUCACCCCGCCCCGUUCCCCCGUUUUCCAUCACCCCGCCCCAUUCUCCCGCUUUCCAUCAUCCCGCCCCAUUCUCCUGCUUUCCAUCACCCCGCCCCAUUCUCCGGCUUUCCAUCACCCCGCCCCAUUCUUCCUCUUUCCAUCACCCCGCCCCAUUCUCCCGAUUUCCAUCACCCCGCCUCAUUCUCCCAAUUUUCAUCACCCCGCCCAAUUCUCCCUCUUUUCAUCACCCCGCCCCAUUCUCCCUCUUUCCAUCACCCCGCCCCACUCUCCCGCCUUCCAUCACCCCGCCCAAUUCUCCCUCUUUCCAUCACCCCGCCCCAUUCUCCCUCUUUCCAUCACCCCGCCCCAUUCUCCCGCUCUCCAUCACCCCGCCCCAUUCUCCCUCUUUCCAUCACCCCGCCCCAUUCUCCCGCUUUCCAUCACCCCGCGCCAUUUUCCCUCUUUCCAUCACCCCGCCCCAUUCUCCCGCUUUCCAUCACCCCGCCCCAUUCUCUCGCUUUCCAUCAUCCCGCUCCAUUGUCCCGCUUUCCAUCACCCCGCCCAAUUCUCCCUCUUUCCAUCACGCCUCCCCAUUCUCCCUUUUUCCAUCACCCCGGCCCAUUCUCCCGCUUUCCAUCACCCCGCCCCAUUCUCCCUCUUUCCAUCAACCCACCCCACUCUCCCGCCUUCCAUCAACCCGCCCAAUUCUCCCUCUUUCCAUCACCCCGCCCCAUUCUCCCUCUUUCCAUCACCCCGCCCCAUUCUCCCGCUUUCCAUCACCCCGCCCCAUUCUCCUUCUUUCCAUCACCCCGCCCCAUUCUCCCUCUUUCCAUCAACCCGCCCCAUUCUCCCGAUCUCCAUCACCCCGCCCCAUUCUCCUUCUUUCCAUCACCCCGCCCCAUUCUCCCUCUUUCCAUCAACCCACCCCACUCUCCCGCCUUCCAUCAACCCGCCCAAUUCUCCCUCUUUCCAUCACCCCGCCCCAUUCUCCCUCUUUCCAUCACCCCGCCCCAUUCUCCCUCUUUCCAUCACCCCGCCCCACUCUCCCGCCUUCCAUCAUCCCGCCCAGUUCUCUCGCUUUCCAUCACCCCGCCCCAUUCUCCCUCUUUCCAUCACCCCGCCCCAUUCUCCCGCUUUCCAUCACCCCGCCCCAUUCUCCUUCUUUCCAUCACCCCGCCCCAUUCUCCCUCUUUCCAUCAACCCGCCCCAUUCUCCCGCUUUCCAUCACCCCGCGCCAUUUUCCCUCUUUCCAUCACCCCGCCCCAUUCUCCCGCUUUCCAUCACCCUGCCCCAUUCUCUCGCUUUCCAUCAUCCCGCUCCAUUGUCCUGCUUUCCAUCACAUCGCCAAAUUCUCACUCUUUCCAUCACCCCUCCCCAUUCUCCCUUUUUCCAUCACCCCGCCCCAUUCUCCUGCUUUCCAUCAUCCCGCCCCAUUCUCCCUCUUUCCAUCACCCCGCCCCAUUCUCCCUCUUUCCAUCACCCCGCCCCAUUCUCCCGCUUUCCAUCACCCCGCCCCAUUCUACCGCUUUCCGUCACCCCACCCCAUUCUCCCUCUGUCCAUCACCCCGCCCCAUUCUCCCUCUUUCCAUCACCCCGCCCCAUUCUCCCGCUUUCCAUCACCCCGCCCCAUUCUCCCUCUUUCCAUCACCCCGCCCCAUUCUCCCUCUUUCCAUCACCCCUCCCCAUUCUCCCUUUUUCCAUCACCCCGCCCCAUUCUCCCGCUUUCCAUCACCCCGCCCCAUUCUCCCUCUUUCCAUCACCCCGUCCCAUUGUCCCGCUUUCCAUCACCCCGCCCCAUUCUCUCUCUUUCCAUCACCCCGCCCCAUUCUUCCUCUUUCCAUCACCCCGCCCCAUUCUCCCGAUUUCCAUCACCCCGCCUCAUUCUCCCAAUUUCCAUCACCCCGCCCCAUUCUCCCUCUUUCCAUCACCCCGCCCCAUUCUCCCUCUUUCCAUCACCCCGCCCCACUCUCCCGCCUUCCAUCACCCCGCCCAAUUCUCCCUCUUUCCAUCACCCCGCCCCAUUCUCCCUCUUUCCAUCACCCCGCCCCAUUCUCCCGCUUUCCAUCACCCCGCCCCAUUCUCCCUCUUUCCAUCACCCCGCCCCAUUCUCCCUCUUUCCAUCACCCCGCCCCAUUCUCCCGCUUUCCAUCACCCCGCGCCAUUUUCCCUCUUUCCAUCACCCCGCCCCAUUCUCCCUCUUUCCAUCAUCCCGCUCCAUUGUCCCGCUUUCCAUCACCCCGCCCCAUUCUCCCUCUUUCCAUCACCCCGCCCCAUUCUCCCUCUUUCCAUCACCCCGCCCCAUUCUCCCGCUUUCCAUCAUCCCGCCCCAUUUUCCCUUUUUCCAUCACCCCGCCCCAUUCUCUCGCUUUCCAUCAUCCCGCUCCAUUGUCCCGCUUUCCAUCACCCCGCCCAAUUCUCCCUCUUUCCAUCACCCCUCCCCAUUCUCCCUUUUUCCAUCACCCCGCCCCAUUCUCCCGCUUUCCAUCACCCCGCCCCAUUCUCCCUCUUUCCAUCACCCCACCCCACUCUCCCGCCUUCCAUCAACCCGCCCAAUUCUCCCUCUUUCCAUCACCCCGCCCCAUUCUCCCUCUUUCCAUCACCCCGCCCCAUUCUCCCGCUUUCCAUCACCCCGCCCCAUUCUCCUUCUUUCUAUCACCGCGCCACAUUCUCCCUCUUUCCAUCAACCCGCCCCAUUCUCCCGCUUUCCAUCACCCCGCGCCAUUUUCCCUCUUUCCAUCACCCCGCACCAUUCUCCCGCUUUCCAUCACCCCGCGCCAUUUUCCCUCUUUCCAUCACCCCGCCCCAUUCUCCCGCUUUCCAUCACCCCGCGCCAUUUUCCCUCUUUCCAUCACCCCGCCCCAUUCUCCCGCUUUCCAUCACCCCGCGCCAUUUUCCCUCUUUCCAUCACCCCGCCCAAUUCUCCCUCUUUCCAUCACCCCUCCCCAUUCUCCCUUUUUCCAUCACCCCGCCCCAUUCUCCCGCUUUCCAUCACCCCGCCCCAUUCUCUCGCUUUCCAUCAUCCCGCUCCAUUGUCCCGCUUUCCAUCACCCCGCCCAAUUCUCACUCUUUCCAUCACCCCUCCCCAUUCUCCCUUUUUCCAUCACCCCGCCCCAUUCUCCUGCUUUCCAUCACCCCGCCCCAUUCUCCCUCUUUCCAUCACCCCGCCCCAUUCUCCCUCUUUCCAUCACCCCGCCCCAUUCUCCCGCUUUCCAUCACCUCGCCCCAUUCUACCGCUUUCCGUCACCCCACCCCAUUCUCCCUCUGUCCAUCACCCCGCCCCAUUCUCCCUCUUUCCAUCACCCCGCCCCAUUCUCCCGCUUUCCAUCACCCCGCCCCAUUCUUUUGCUUUCCAUCGCCCCACCCCAUCCUCCCUCUUUCCAUCACCCCGCCCCAUUCUCCCGAUUUCCAUCACCCCACCCCGUUCCCCCGUUUUCCAUCACCCCGCCCCAUUCUCCCGCUUUCCAUCAUCCCGCCCCAUUCUCCCGCUUUCCAUCACCCCGCCCCAUUCUCCCUCUUUCCAUCAACCCGCCCCAUUCUUCCUCUUUCCAUCACCCCGCCCCAUUCUCCCGAUUUCCAUCACCCCGCCUCAUUCUCCCAAUUUCCAUCACCCCGCCCCAUUCUCCCUCUUUCCAUCACCCCGCCCCAUUCUCCCUCUUUCCAUCACCCCGCCCCAUUCUCCCUCUUUCCAUCACCCCGCCCCAUUCUCCCUCUUUCCAUCACCCCGCCCCAUUCUCCCGCUUUCCAUCACCCCGCGCCAUUUUCCCUCUUUCCAUCACCCCGCCCCAUUCUCCCGCUUUCCAUCACCCCGCCCCAUUCUCUCGCUUUCCAUCAUCCCGCUCCAUUGUCCCGCUUUCCAUCACCCCGCCCAAUUCUCCCUCUUUCCAUCACCCCUCCCCAUUCUCCCUUUUUCCAUCACCCCGCCCCACUCUCCCGCCUUCCAUCACCCCGCCCAAUUCUCCCUCUUUCCAUCACCCCGCCCCAUUCUCCCUCUUUCCAUCACCCCGCCCCAUUCUCCCGCUUUCCAUCACCCUGCCCGAUUCUCCCUCUUUCCAUCACCCCCCUCCAUUCUCCCUCUUUCCAUCACCCUGCCCCAUUCUCCCGCUUUCCAUCAACCCGCGCCUUUUUCCCUCUUUCCAUCACCCCACCCCAUUCUCCCGCUUUCCAUCACCCCGCCCCAUUCUCUCGCUUUCCAUCAUCCCGCUCCAUUGUUCCGCUUUCCAUCAGCCGCCCAAUUCUCCCUCUUUCCAUCACCCCUCCCCAUUCUCCCUUUUUCCAUCACCCCGCCCCAUUCUCCCGCUUUCCAUCACCCCACCCCAUUCUCCCUCUUUCCAUCACCCCACCCCACUCUCCCGCCUUCCAUCAACCCGCCCAAUUCUCCCUCUUUCCAUCACCCCGCCCCAUUCUCCCUCUUUCCAUCACCCCGCCCCAUUCUCCCGCUUUCCAUCACCCCGCCCCAUUCUCCUUCUUUCCAUCACCCCGCCCCAUUCUCCCUCUUUCCAUCAACCCUCCCCAUUCUCCCGCUUUCCAUCACCCCGCACCAUUUUCCCUCUUUCCAUCACCCCGGCCCAUUCUCCCGCUUUCCGUCACCCCGCCCCAUUCUCUCGCUUUCCAUCAUCCCGCUCCAUUGUCCCGCUUUCCAUCACCCCGCCCAAUUCUCACUCUUUCCAUCACCCCUCCCCAUUCUCUCUUUUUCCGUCACCCCGCCCCAUUCUCCUGCUUUCCAUCACCCCGCCCCAUUCUCCCUCUUUCCAUCACCCCGCCCCAUUCUCCCUCUUUCCACCACCCCGCCCCAUUCUCCCGCUUUCCGUCACCCCGCCCCAUUCUACCGCUUUCCGUCACCCCACCCCAUUCUCCCUCUGUCCAUCACCCCGCCCCAUUCUCCCUCUUUCCAUCACCCCGCCCCAUUCUCCCGCUUUCCAUCACCCCACCCCAUUCUCCCUCUUUCCAUCACCCCGCCCCAUUCUCCCUCUUUCCAUCACCCCGCCCCAUUCUCCCGCUAUCCAUCACCCCGCCCCACUCUCCUUCUUUCCAUCACCCCGCCCCAUUCUCCCUCUUUCCAUCAACCCGCCCCAUUUUCCCGCUUUCCAUCACCCCGCGCCAUUUUCCCUCUUCCAUCACCCCGCCCCAUUCUCCCGCUUUCCAUCACCCCGCCCCAUUCUCUCGCUUUCCAUCAUCCCGCUCCAUUGUCCCGCUUUCUAUCACCCCGCCCAAUUCUCACUCUUUCCAUCAACCCUCCCCAUUCUCCCUUUUUCCAUCACCCCGCCCCAUUCUCCUGCUUUACAUCACCCCGCCCCAUUCUCCCUCUUUCCAUCACCCCGCCCCAUUCUCCCUUUUUCCAUCACCCCGCCCCAUUCUCCCGCUUUCCAUCACCCCGCCCCAUUCUACCGCUUUCCGUCACCCCACCCCAUUCUCCCUCUGUCCAUCACCCCGCCCCAUUCUCCCGCUUUCCAUCACCCCGCCCCAUUCAACCCGCCCCAUUCUCCCUCUUUCCAUCAACCCGCCCCAUUCUCCCACUUUUCUUCACCCCGCCCCAUCCUCCCUCUUUCCAUCACCCCACCCCAUUCUUCCGCUUUUCAUCACCCUGCCCUAUUCUCCCCCUUUCUAUCACCCCGCCCCAUUCCCCCUCUUUCCAUCAGCCCGCCCUAUUCUCCCGCUUUUCUUCACCCCGCCCCAUUCUUCCGCUUUUCAUCACCCUGCCCCAUUCUCCCGCUUUCCAUCAUCCCGCCAUAUUCUUCCGCUUUCCAUCACCCAGCCUCAUUCUCCCGCUUUCCAUCACCCCGCCCCGUUCUCCCGCUUUCCAUCACUCCGCCCCAUUCUCCCGCUUUCCAUCACCCCGCCCUAUUCUCAAGCUUUCCAUCACCUCGCCCCGUUCUCCCGCUUUCCAUCACCCCGCCCCAUUCUCCCGCUUUCCAUUACCCCGCCCCUUUCUCCCGCUUUCAAUCACCCCGCCCCAUUCUACCGCUUUCCAUCACCCCGCCCCAUUCUCCGGCUUUCCAUCACCCCGGCCCAUUCUCCCGCUUUCCAUCACCCCGCCCCUUUCUCCCUCUUUCCAUCACCCCGCCCCAUUCUCCCGCUUUCCAUCACCGCGCCCCAUUCUCCCGCUUUCCAUCAUCCCACCCCAUUCUCCCAUUUUCCAUCACCCGGCCCCAUUCUCCCGCUUUCCAUCACCCCACCCCAUUCUCCCUCUUUUCAUCACCCCACCCCAUUCUCCCUCUUUCCAUCACCCCACCCCAUCCUUCCUCUUUCCAUCGCCCCGCCCCAUUCUUCCGCUUUUUAUCACCCCGUCCCGUUCUCCCUCUUUCCAUCACCCUGCCCCAUUCUCCCACUCUCCAUCACCCCGCCCUAUUCUCCCUAUUUCUAUCACCCCGCCCCAUUCUCCCGCUUUCCAUCACCCCGCUUUCCAUCACCCCGCCCCAUUCUCCCGCUUUCCAUCACCCCGCCCCGUUCUCCCUCUUUCCAUCACCCCGCCCCAUUCUCCCUCUUUCCAUAACCCCGCCCUAUUCUCCCUCUUUCCAUCACCCCGCAACAUUCUCCCUCUUUCCAUCUUCCCACCCCAUUCUCCCGCUUUCCAUCACCCCGCCCCAUUCUCCCGCUUUCCAUCAACCCGCCUCAUUCUCCCGCUUUUCAUCACCCCACCCCAUUCUCCCGCUUUCCAUCACCCCGCCCCAUUCUCCCUCCUUCCAUCACCCUGCCCCAUUCUCCCGCUUUCCGUCACCGUGCCUCAUUCUCCCGCUUUCCAGAACCCCGCCCCAUUCUCCCGCUUUCCAUCACCCUGCCACAUUCUCCCACUUUCCAUCACCCCGCCCCAUUCUCCCUCCUUCCAUCACCCCACCCCAUUCUCCCUCCUUCCAUCACCCCGCCCCAUUCUCCCUCCUUUGAUCACCCCUCCCCAUUCUCCCGCUUUCCAUCAGCCCCCCCCAUUCUCCCGCUUUCCAUCACCCGCCCCAUUCUCUCGCUUUUCAUCACCCCACCCCAUUCUCCCGCUUUCCAUCACCCUGCCCCCUUCUCCCUCCGUCCAUCACCCCGCCCCAUUCUCCCUCCUUCCAUCACCCCGCCUCAUUCUCCCACUUUCUAUCAGCCCGCCCCAUUAUCCCGCUUUCCAUCACCCCGCCUUUUUCUCCCGCUUUGCAUAUCCCCGCCCCAUUCUCCCGCUUUCCAUCACCCCGCCCCAUUCUCCCGCUUUCCAUCACCCCGCCCCAUUCUCCCACUUUCUAUCACCCCGCCCCAUUCUCCCUCCUUCCAUCACCCCGCCUCAUUCUACCUCCUUCCAUCACCCCGCCCCAUGCUCCCGCUUUCCAUCAUCGCGCCCCAUUCUCCCGCUUUUCAUCAGCCCGCCCCAUUCUCCCGCUUUCCAUCACCCCGCCCCAUUCUCCCGCUUUCCAUCACCCCGCCCCAUUCUCCCUCCUUCCAUCACCCCGCCCCAUUCUCCCGCUUUCCAUCACCCCGCCACAUGCUCCCGCUUUCCGUCUCCCCGCCCCAUUCUCCCAUCACCCCACCCCAUUCUCUCGCUUUCCAUCACCUCGCCCCAUUCUCCCGCUUUCCAUCACCCCGCCCCAUUCUCCCGCUUUCCAUCACUCCGCCCCAUUCUCCCGCUUUCCAUCACCCCGCCCCAUUCUCCGGCUUUCCAUUACCCCGCCCCAUUCUUCUCCUUCCAUCGCCCCGCCUCAUUCACCUCCUUCCAUCACCCCGCCCCAUUCUCCCGCUUUCCAUCACCCCGCCCCAUUCUCCCGCUUUCCAUCACCCUGCCCCCUUCUCCCUCCGUCCAUCACCCCGCCCCAUUCUCCCUCCUUCCAUCACCCCGCCUCAUUCUCCCACUUUCUAUCAGCCCGCCCCAUUAUCCCGCUUUCCAUCACCCCGCCUUUUUCUCCCGCUUUGCAUCUCCCCGCCCCAUUCUCCCGCUUUCCAUCACCCCGCCCCAUUCUCCCGCUUUCCAUCACCCCGCCCCAUUCUCCCACUUUCCAUCACCCCGCCCCAUUCUCCCUCCUUCCAUCACCCCGCCUCAUUCUACCUCCUUCCAUCACCCCGCCCCAUGCUCCCGCUUUCCAUCAUCCCGCCCCAUUCUCCCGCUUUUCAUCAGCCCGCCCCAUUCUCCCGCUUUCCAUCACCCCGCCCCAUUCUCCCGCUUUCCAUCACCCCGCCCCAUUCUCCCUCCUUCCAUCACCCCGCCCCAUUCUCCCGCUUUCCAUCACCCCGCCCCAUGCUCCCGCUUUCCAUCACCCCGCCCCAUUCUCCCAUCACCCCGCCCCAUUCUCUCGCUUUCCAUCACCACGCCCCAUUCUCCCGCUUUCCAUCACCCCGCCCCAUUCUCCCGCUUUCCAUCACUCCGCCCCAUUCUCCCGCUUUCCAUCACCCCGCCCCAUUCUCCCGCUUUCCAUUACCCCGCCCCAUUCUUCUCCUUCCAUCACCCCGCCUCAUUCUACCUCCUUCCAUCACCCUGCCCCAUUCUCCCGCUUUCCAUCACCCCGCCACAUUCUCCCGCUUUCCAUCACCCCGCCCCAUUCUCCCGCUUUCCAUCACCACGCCCCAUUCUCCCGCUUUCCAUCACCCCGCCCCAUUCUCCCUCCUUCCAUCACCCUGCCCCAUUCUCCCGCUUUCCGUCACCCCGCCCCAUUCUCCCGCUUUCCAUCACCUCGCCCCAUUCUCCCGCUUUCCAUCACCUCGCCCCAUUCCUCUGCUUUCCAUCAACCCGCCCCAUUCUCCCGCUUUCAAUCACUCUGCCCCACUCACCCGCAUUCCAUAACCCGCCCCAUUCUCCCGCUUUCCAUCACCCCGCCCCGUUCUCCCGCUUUCCAUCACCCCGCCCCAUCCUCCCGCUUUUCAUCAACCCGCCCCAUUCUCCCGCUUUCCAACACCCCGCCCCGUUCUCCCGCAUUCCAUCACCCCGCCCCAUUCUCCCGCUUUCCAUCACCCCGCCCCAUUCUCCCGCUUUCCAUCACUCCGCCCCAUUCUCCCGCUUUCCAUCACCCCGCCCCAUUCUCCCGCUUUCCAUCAACCCGCCCCAUUCUCCCUCCUUCCAUCACCCCACCUCACCCAAUUCUCGCACUUUCCAUCACCCCGCCCCAUUUUCCCGCUUUCCAUCACCCCGCCCCAUUCUCCCGCUUUCCAUCACCCCGCCCCAUUCUCCCGCUUUCCAUAACCUCGCCCCAUUCUCCCUCCUUUCAUCACCCGACCCAUUCUCCCUCCUUCCAUCACCACGCCCCAUUCUCCCUCCUUCCAUCACCCCGCCCCGUUCUCCUACUUUCUAUCGGCCCGCCCCAUUCUCCCGCUUUCCAUCACCCCGCCCCAUUCUCCCGCUUUCCAUCACCCUGCCCCUUUCUCCCGCUUUCCAUCAGCCCACCCCAUUCUCCCGCUUUCCAUCACCCCGCCCCAUUCUCCCGCUUUCCAUCACCCUGCCCCAUUCUCCCUCCUUCCAUCACACCGCCUCAUUCUACCUCCUUCCAUCACCCCGCCCCAUUCUCGUGCUUUCCAUCACCUCGCCCAAUUCUCCCGCUUUCCAUCACCCCGCCCCAUUCUUCUGCUUCCCAUCACCCCGCCAAAUUCUCCCGCUUUCCAUCACCCCGCCCCAUUCACCCGCUUUCCAUCACCCGCCCCAUUCUCCCGCUUUCCAUCACCCCGCCACAUUCUCCCGCUUUCCAUCACCCCGCCCCAUUCUCCCGCUUUUCAUCACCCCGCCCCAUUCUCCCGCUUUCCAACACCCCGCCCCAUUCUCCCGUUUUCCAUCACCUCGCCCCAUUCUCCCGCUUUCCAUCACCCCGCCCCAUUCUCCCGCUUUCCAUCACCCCGCCCCAUUCUCCCGCUUUCCAUCACCCCGCCCCAUUCUCCCGCUUUCCAUCACCCUGCCACAUUCUCCCGCUUUCCAUCAGCCCACCCCAUUCUCCCGCUUUCCAUCACCCCGCCCCAUUCUCCCGCUUUCCAUCACCCUGCCCCAUUCUCCCUCCUUCCAUCACCCCGCCUCAUUCUACCUCCUUCCAUCACCCCGCCCCAUUCUCCUGCUUUCCAUCACCUCGCCCAAUUCUCCCGCUUUCCAUCACCCCGCCCUAUUCUUCUGCUUUCCAUCACCCCGCCCCAUUCUCCCACUUUCCAUCACCCCGCCCCAUUCACCCGCUUUCCAUCACCCGCCCCAUUCUCCCGCUUUCCAUCACCCCGCCCCAUUCUCCCGCUUUCCAUCACCCCGCCCCAUUCUCCCGCUUUUCAUCACCCCGCCCCAUUCUCCCGCUUUCCAACACCCCGCUCCAUUCUCCCGUUUUCCAUCACCUCGCCCCAUUCUCCCGCUUUCCAUCACCCUGCCCCAUUCUCCCGCUUUCCAUCACUCCGCCACAUUCUCCCGCUUUCCAUCACCCCGCCCCAUUCUCCUGCUUUCCAUCACCCAGCCCCAUUCUCGCGCUUUCAAUCACCCCGCCCCAUUUUCCCGCUUUCAAUCACCCCGCCCCAUCCUCCCGCUUUCCAUCACCCCGCCCCAUUCUCCCGCUUUCCAUAACCCCACCCCAUUCUCCCUACUUUCAUCACGCGCCCCAUUCUCCCUCCUUCCAUCACCCCGCCCCAUUCUCCCUCCUUCCAUCACCCCGCCCCAUUCUCCCGCUUUCCAUCACUUCGCCCCAUUCUCCCGCUUUCCAUCACCCCGCCCCAUUCUCCGGCUUUCCAUUACCCCGCCCCAUUCUUCUCCUUCCAUCACCCCGCCUCAUUCACCUCCUUCCAUCACCCCGCCCCAUUCUCCCGCUUUCCAUCACCCCGCCCCAUUCUCCCGCUUUCCAUCACCCUGCCCCCUUCUCCCUCCGUCCAUCACCCCGCCCCAUUCUCCCUCCUUCCAUCACCCCGCCUCAUUCUCCCACUUUCCAUCACCCCGCCUUUUUCUCCCGCUUUGCAUCUCCCCGCCCCAUUCUCCCGCUUUCCAUCACCCCGCCCCAUUCUCCCGCUUUCCAUCACCCCGCCCCAUUCUCCCACUUUCCAUCACCCCGCCCCAUUCUCCCUCCUUCCAUCACCCCGCCUCAUUCUACCUCCUUCCAUCACCCCGCCCCAUGCUCCCGCUUUCCAUCAUCCCGCCCCAUUCUCCCGCUUUUCAUCAGCCCGCCCCAUUCUCCCGCUUUCCAUCACCCCGCCCCAUUCUCCCGCUUUCCAUCACCCCGCCCCAUUCUCCCUCCUUCCAUCACCCCGCCCCAUUCUCCCGCUUUCCAUCACCCCGCCCCAUGCUCCCGCUUUCCAUCACCGCGCCCCAUUCUCCCAUCACCCCGCCCCAUUCUCUCGCUUUCCAUCACCACGCCCUAUUCUCCCGCUUUCCAUCACCCCGCCCCAUUCUCCCGCUUUCCAUCACUCCGCCCCAUUCUCCCGCUUUCCAUCACCCCGCCCCAUUCUCCCGCUUUCCAUUACCCCGCCCCAUUCUUCUCCUUCCAUCACCCCGCCUCAUUCUACCUCCUUCCAUCACCCUGCCCCAUUCUCCCGCUUUCCAUCACCCCGCCACAUUCUCCCGCUUUCCAUCACCCCGCCACAUUCUCCCGCUUUCCAUCACCCCGCCCCAUUCUCCCGCUUUCCAUCACCACGCCCCAUUCUCCCGCUUUCCAUCACCCCGCCCCAUUCUCCCUCCUUCCAUCACCCUGCCCCAUUCUCCCGCUUUCCGUCACCCCGCCCCAUUCUCCCGCUUUCCAUCACCUCGCCCCAUUCUCCCGCUUUCCAUCACCUCGCCCCAUUUCUCUGCUUUCCAUCAACCCGCCCCAUUCUCCCGCUUUCAAUCACCCUGCCCCACUCACCCGCAUUCCAUAACCCGCCCCAUUCUCCCGCUUUCCAUCACCCCGCCCCGUUCUCCCGCUUUCCAUCACCCCGCCCCAUCCUCCCGCUUUUCAUCAACCCGCCCCAUUCUCCCGCUUUCCAACACCCCGCCCCGUUCUCCCGCAUUCCAUCACCCCGCCCCAUUCUCCCGCUUUCCAUCACCCCGCCCCAUUCUCCCGCUUUCCAUCACUCCGCCCCAUUCUCCCGCUUUCCAUCACCCCGCCCCAUUCUCCCGCUUUCCAUCAACCCGCCCCAUUCUCCCUCCUUCCAUCACCCCACCUCAGUCUCCCUCCUUCCAUCACCCCGCCCCAUUCUCCCGCUUUCCAUCACCCCGCCCCAUUCUCCUGCUUUCCAUCACCCAGCCCAAUUCUCGCACUUUCCAUCACCCCGCCCCAUUUUCCCGCUUUCCAUCACCCCGCCCCAUUCUCCCGCUUUCCAUCACCCCGCCCCAUUCUCCCGCUUUCCAUAACCUCGCCCCAUUCUCCCUCCUUUCAUCACCCGCCCCAUUCUCCCUCCUUCCAUCACCACGCCCCAUUCUCCCUCCUUCCAUCACCCCGCCCCGUUCUCCCACUUUCUAUCGGCCCGCCCCAUUCUCCCGCUUUCCAUCACCCCGCCCCAUUCUCCCGCUUUCCAUCACCCUGCCCCAUUCUCCCGCUUUCCAUCAGCCCACCCCAUUCUCCCGCUUUCCAUCACCCCGCCCCAUUCUCCCGCUUUCCAUCACCCUGCCCCAUUCUCCCUCCUUCCAUCACCCCGCCUCAUUCUACCUCCUUCCAUCACCCCGCCCCAUUCUCCUGCUUUCCAUCACCUCGCCCAAUUCUCCCGCUUUCCAUCACCCCGCCCCAUUCUUCUGCUUUCCAUCACCCCGCCAAAUUCCUCGCUUUCCAUCACCCCGCCCCAUUCACCAGCUUUCCAUCACCCGCCCCAUUCUCGCGCUUUCCAUCACCCCGCCCCAUUUUCCCGCUUUCCAUCACCCCGCCCCAUUCUCCCGCUUUCCAUCACCCCGCCCCAUUCUCCCGCUUUCCAAAACCCCGCCCCAUUCUCCCUCCGUUCAUCACCCGCCCCAUUCUCCCUCCUUCCAUCACCACGCCCCAUUCUCCCUCCUUCCAUCACCCCGCCCCGUUCUCCCACUUUCUAUCGGCCCGCCCCAUUCUCCCGCUUUCCAUCACCCCGCCCCAUUCUCCCGCUUUCCAUCACCCUGCCCCAUUCUCCCGCUUUCCAUCAGCCCACCCCAUUCUCCCGCUUUCCAUCCCCCCGCCCCAUUCUCCCGCUUUCCAUCACCCUGCCCCAUUCUCCCUCCUUCCAUCACCCCGCCUCAUUCUACCUCCUUCCAUCACCCCGCCCCAUUCUCGUGCUUUCCAUCACCUCGCCCAAUUCUCCCGCUUUCCAUCACCCCGCCCCAUUCUUCUGCUUCCCAUCACCCCGCCAAAUUCUCCCGCUUUCCAUCACCCCGCCCCAUUCACCCGCUUUCCAUCACCCGCCCCAUUCUCCCGCUUUCCAUCACCCCGCCACAUUCUCCCGCUUUCCAUCACCCCGCCCCAUUCUCCCGCUUUUCAUCACCCCUCCCCAUUCUCCCGCUUUCCAACACCCCGCCCCAUUCUCCCCCCCAUUCUCGCGCUUUCAAUCACCCCGCCCCAUUUUCCCGCUUUCAAUCACCCCGCCCCAUCCUCCCGCUUUCCAUCACCCCGCCCCAUUCUCCCGCUUUCCAUAACCCCACCCCAUUCUCCCUACUUUCAUCACGCGCCCCAUUCUCCCUCCUUCCAUCACCCCGCCCCAUUCUCCCUCCUUCCAUCACCCCGCCCCAUUUUUGCUUUCCAUCACCCCGCCCCAUUCUCCCGCUUUCCAUCACCCCGCCCCAUUCACCCGCUUUCCGUCACCCGCCACAUUCUCCCGCUUUCCAUCACCCCGCCCCAUUCACCCGCUUUCCAUCACCUCGCCCCAUUCUCCCGCUUUCCAUCACCCCGCCCCAUUCUCCCGCUUUCCAUCACUCCGCCCCAUUCUCCCGCUUUCCAUCACCCCGCCCCAUUCUCCCUCCUUCCAUCACCCCGCCUCAGUCUCCCUCCUUCCAUCACCCCGCCCCAUUCUCCCGCUUUCCAUCACCCCGCCCCAUUCUCCUGCUUUCCAUCACCCAGCCCCAUUCUCGUGCUUUCAAUCACCCCGCCCCAUUUUCCCGCUUUCCAUCACCCCGCCCCAUUCUCCCGCUUUCCACACCCCGCCCCAUUCUCCCGCUUUCCAUAACCCCACCCCAUUCUCCCUCCUUUCAUCACCCGCCCCAUUCUCCCUCCUUCCAUCACCCCGCCCCAUUCUCCCUCCUUCCAUCACCCCGCCCCAUUCUCCCACUUUCCAUCGGCCCGCCCCAUUCUCCCGCUUUCCAUCACCCCGCCCUAUUCUUCUGCUUUCCAUCACCCCGCCCCAUUCUCCCGCUUUCCAUCACCCCGCCCCAUUCUCCUUCCUUCCAUCACCCCGCCCCAUUCUCCCGCUUUCCAUCACCCCGCCCCAUUCUCCUUCCUUCCAUCACCCCGCCCCAUUCUCCCGCUUUCCAUCACCCCGCCCCAUUCUCCUUCCUUCCAUCACCCCGCCCCAUUCUCCCGCUUUCCAUCACCCCGCCCCAUUUUCCUUCAAACGGGCCCGCCGCACGAAGAACCGUCCCCAUAUAA